GUGUCGGAUUUUGUCGGGUUUUUUGUGGUUGGUUUAAAUUUUGUUCAUCUUUGGCAGAAUUCUUGUGGAUUUAUCACUCGAUUGUCGAACGUAUUGAUUUCAAGACAUUUUGAGUUUUGUUUAACUCAUAAAAAGUUGAAAUCUUUCAUAAUGUCUAGUCAGUCAAUGAAAAUAGACGAUCGCGUCGAAGUUACAGGUAAACAUCUCACUGGAACUGUAAAAUAUGUUGGUACAACUUUGUUUGCUUCUGGAAAAUGGAUUGGAGUGCAACUUGAUGAAGCAAAAGGAAAAAAUGAUGGUACAGUUCAAGGUCGGCAGUAUUUUGUAUGUCCUGAAAACCAUGGAAUAUUUAUUCGUCAGUCACAGUUAUCAGUUUUAUCAAAUAUCAACCAAGAAUCAUCACCACCAAAAGAAACUCCUCGAAAAACUAUUUCAUCUUCAUUACCAAAGCCAAGUUUUGGACGUCCCUCCCCUCCAAAGGAAAAGCUCCAGGAAGAUCGUACUGAGUCUGAGAAGGCCGUUCCUACUGUCUCUAAGAUUGGAAAACCAACAUCAUUGGCUAGUUCACCAAAUGAACUCAAGACAAAACUUGCGAGUGGUCUUCAACGGCCAACCACCACUCGUUCAAGCCUUGGCUCUAAAGUGGCAAGUGGAAUUCAGAGUCCUUCAAAAUCUGGUGUAAAAUCUGGUCUCAAAGCUCCAGGGUCUUCACAGACUCCAUCAACUCUUCGUAUCAAACCAAGUGCUCAAGCAUCUUCUUCAGAACAGGUGUCUUCCACUCAACAGCAGCAGAAAAAGCCAGAAGUUGAACAAAGCAACAAUAGCAGUGGGGUUUCGAUGAGAGAUAUAGUUGACUUACAGCAUCAAUGUACUGAAAAGGAUCGUAAGAUACUUGAUCUUGAAGAAAAAUUUGCAACAAUUAAACAAAAACGUUUGGAAGAUAAAGCUAAGUUGAAAGAAUAUGAAAAGACAAAAUUACAAUUAAAUCAGUUACUAACGUACAGAACAAAGUGGCAAGAAUCGCAAAAAGAUUUACAAGCACAACUCAAAGCUGCAAAAAAGGAACUACAAGAAAUGAAAGAAGCUCAUGAUGAGCAACCAGAUGAUUUAGCCACAUUGCAAGAAGCUGUGGAGAUGGCAACUCUUGAUAAAGAAAUGGCAGAAGAGAAACUUGAGUCUAUAGUUCAAGAAAAUGAAAGUCUCAAAGAAAAAGUGGAAGAACUUUCGCUUGAGUUAGAAAUAUUAAAAAGUGAAGUCUCAGAUGGAGGAAUUGAAGGAGCUGCAAACAAUGCAGAGAUCAAAACAUUAACUGAACAAAAUAACAAAUUGAAAGAAGCUGUGGUCAGCUUUCGUGAACUAGUUCAAUCUGAAAAAUAUGAACAACAACGUUUAAAGAAACAGUUCAAUGACUUAAAUAACACAUUGACAGCACUUCAAAGUGAAAAAGAAAAACUUAAUGAUCAACUAUCAGCAUCUGAUGCUACUGUGGAUGAAUUGAAAGAACAGGUUGAUAUUGCCAUUGGUGCUGAGGAAAUGGUCGAAACUCUCACUGAUAAAAAUCUAGAGCUAGGAGAAAAGAUAAAAACUUUGCAAGAGACGAUAGAAGAAUUGGAAGCGUUGCAAGAUUUAAAUGAACAACUUGAGGAAACUCACAACCAAAAUGAAUUGGAAAUGAGAGAAGAAAUAGAGAUGAAGGAGAAUUCAAUUCGUGAGCUGGAAAGGAAAGUAGAUGCAGCACAUGGAAGUAUUGUAGAUCAUCAAAAAACUAUUGAAAAAUUUAGAGAGUUGGUCAGUGAACUUCAGAACACAAUUGUUGGUUUACAAGAACAAAAUGGUGUUAGUAAUGAAGAAAAGAAAUCCGUACUAACACCAUCAAUUCCUGACAUUAUUAAUUUGAAAUUUCAAGCAGCUGAAACCAAAUCUCGUGCAAAGAUGAUGAGCAGUGAACUUGAGAAGUUUGAGCUUCAACAAUGUAAAGAACAAUUAAAAAUGAUUGAAUCAUUUCUUCCUGAAUCUUUCAUGAAACGUGGAGGUGAUGCAGAAGGAAUAUUUUUAUCAUUGCUGAUGCCUCGACUUCAAUUUAAAUCUCAAUUUUUGCAACGUGAGAUAAAUGAAAAGUUCAGUAUUGCAGCAAGUGUUGAAGAUUCUGAAAUUGUCAACAAAAACGAUCAAAUCAACUUCGCUUCAUUUAUGAAUUUUUCUUUGUGUGUUUUUGAAUCGCUUGUAAAGCGUUUUGAAAGAGGUUUGUCUGAAUGUAGUACAACUGCAUUUGAUCGAAUUACUAGCACAUACAAUGAACUGGCUUCACACGAGAAAUGUCUUGAUGAUUUAAUCAACGUUCUCAAAAAAGGACAGUUUGAUGAUAAUAUAGUGAUGGGUCCUUUAAAAAAAGCCAUAGCUAAUUAUGACAUGAUGGUUCGUUUUCAUAUAAGUCACGAGACUUCAUCAUCUUCCCAAUUUUUACAAGAUCAACUGCAAAUAUUCAACUGUGGAGCAGACACAAUUUCUAUUGGUUUGACAAAAUUUAAACAACUUUGUGGAAAGAAUUGCGAAGAAGGAAGUGAGUUAGGAUCAUUGUUCUCUGAUAUCGAACUAAGAAACAUGGAAAUACGGCAGUUAUCUCGUAAAAUCAAGCGAGCCAUCCCCCAAGAAAGUUCCAGUGAACUAGCUGUUCCAAAAGAGGUGCAAAACUCGUUGUUGGAUUCUCUCAAGACGUUCGAGAAAAUUGUACAGUUUGUCAAUGAAUAUAUCGGCACAAUAUUGGAAAAGACAGCAAUAUUACCAGAAAAUGAAAGUCUCCUUAGUGGUCAACUUGAAGAAAUGUCUCAAGACAUGACAAUUCUGGUCUUUGAAAAUGAAAAUGAUUCAGCUAAAGAUUGUCUGAGCUUGGCCUUUAAUAAUGUCAUCAGUCAACUUUCAAGUUUUUUCAUAAAGAUGCAAGAAGGAGAAUAUGAUUGUAAAGUUUCAGAAAAAAAGAAUGAGUUACCUUACGUCACGCGUGCAAAAGCGUUACGUCAUGAGUUAGCAGAAUCUGGGAGCGUCGAGGAAAAACUUGCAGCUAAAGAUAAAGAGUUACAGGAUGCAAGAAUUGCGUUGAAAAUAAAGGCUGAGGAAGUAUCUCAGGCAAAUAUUCGUGUUGGCUUACUUGAAAAAAGAUUAGAUAAUUCAACAAAAGAGGCUGAUUCUCGUGUUGAGCAAAUAAACAAGAAGUUGCAACAAGCUGUGACUGACUUGGAAAAACAGUCUCGGGAAUACGAAGAAACUUACGAUGCAUUACAAUCAGAUAUUGAUCAUCUUGAGAAGGAGAAAGUUGAUUUAAAAAAGAAAUUAGAUGCUUUGUCAAAGAAAUCUCUACUUCAAGAUCUUGCCCGGCAGACUUCUGGUAUUGGAGCUGUAGUUGCAGCAGGAGCUGUAGGAAAGACUGGGACCAACCGUACAUCUGUUGCGUCAUCGGGUGAACCUGUGCAAGUAAUAAUUAAAGAUUCUCCUGUGUUGCUAAGGCAGAUGGAGUCUUUGAAAAUUGCUUUGAAUUAUGUAAAAAAUGAAAAUGUGCGUUUGAAGAGUGACAAACUAAAGGCGAGAUUACGAGCUUUACCUCAACUUUUUGUACCUCCAAAACUUGCUUCUUCUAUAAAAAAUGUGACUUCUACGAAACGUGCUCAAACAUUGACCAAAAUUGCUGAAUAUUCUGAAAAAAUUCAAUCUUUGCUUGAUGAAAUAAACUUAUUAAUCGCAACUCCUUAUCUUGUUGAUUUAACAAAGACUAAAGCCGCAAGAAACAAGUUCGAAGAGGUCAAUCGUUUGAAAAAAUUGAAGGAUCUUACUGAAAAGAAAGAUAAUUUGCAACAAGAGGUUUAUAAACUGAUGGCGUCUACGUAUGCUGGAGCUAAUAUUCAAACAGAUUUUUCUUCAUUUAUAUCGCCAACAUUUUCCAAGGCUUUACAAGAAAAGAUAAAUCCUGUUUUCUUUGGAAAGAUAAGUAUUCCUGAUACAAGCGAGAAAGGAAAAGUUUAUCCAAUAACUCUUCGUCCAAAUGAAUUUAGAAAAAUUCAUGAGACAUUUCUAUGCUGAAAUUUAUAUAAAUUCAGUUUUGCAUAAACUGAAGAAACUUGGACAAAAAUUGCUUGCUUGCUUGUGUUAGUAAGGUCUUGUGAAAAGGAAGAAUAUAGUUAAGUUUUAAUUUGUAUAAAGUUGAUGACAAAAUCAUAAAUAUACAACACAACAAUCAUAAGCAUGAUUCACCUUAAUUUUUGUCCUAAAACGUAGGUUUUUACGCUAGAACUCUUUACUAAAAGAAAAGAAAAAUAAGUUACUAGUAACUUGGCUAAUUAGAGUAAUUUUGUAUAAUAAUUCUGUUGUCGUACCAACAGUCUGCUAUAUAAUCAUGUGGUGCAUUGUAAUAGUGUUGACUCAGUUGUCUUCACCCAUUAACAGUUGAAGACCAUAAUUGUCCGUUUAGUUUAUUCAUCAAAAAUCAUCGCUUUAUAGCUACACGAACGAAUUUAUAGACGAAUCAGAAAAGUUUACCAAUGCAAGUUAUAUCCAUCUCUAAUAUAAGUCUAUAAUUACUUAGUACAGAUUCAAAACAAUGAUCUCUGGUUGUAAUAUAAAUAUCAUAAAUAUAGUUGGUUGUAGUAACGCGCACUUUGAUUGCUGUGUAUUGAAACAUGUUGACUACGUCAUCUUGUGGCAUUGAUGACAUAAUGGCGUGACGAAUGCUCUAAAUUCCUCAUGACAAGACUGGCCGUGUAUGUUAUUUGAUUGGCCGUGUAUUUUAUUACCGAGUUGCUCAUUGGUUGAUUCUGAUCAUAAUUCGCACAUUCUUAAAAUGCACUGUGUAGAUACUGUGGUAUAGCCGUUUAAGGUUUUAUCAUUCAUUUUCGCUGAGAUGCGAAGUUGAAAAUAAUAAAGCGUAUUAUAUAAAGGUUUUUGUUUCUCGAAAAGUCAAAUUUGAGACAGUGAAACGGAGCAAAAGCAUUCACGAAUGAUUAAAUUUCAAAAUGUCGAUAUGCAAGUGAAUGAGAUAAAUAAAGACAUGCUAGACAAUGAUAGAAACAAAGGAAUGGAAUGUUAGGUCAAAGUUUACUUCGUUUGUGGUCACGUGAUGGAUGCUGAAAAUGUCAAAAGGUCGUCCCGUAUAUCCUGGUGCUCCAGGAGAUCCAUUAAGUCCAUUUUGUCCUGUUCGAAUUAUCUGAUGAAAUGUAAUCUGACCUUUUUUUGAGUUUCGGUUUGAAACAUUGGACAGUAGUCUUUAUGUAUGUUAAUGUUAGUUUUUAUGUAGAUAUGUAGUUCUUAGUUGUUAAAUAAUCGUAGAAUGAAGCUAUUUUUAAAACGUUCAGUUCUACAUUUGUACAUUAAAAUAUCUUUUGAUUCCGAA